CCAUGAUAAUAACAUGUUAAGAUAACAUUGACACUGAUAACGGUUCUAAUACUGAUACUGAAUAGUAAUGAUGAUGGUCAGGGUAAUGGUAAUAACAAUGAUAACAAAAAUAUUAGUAAUACUAAAGUUAAAAAUAAUAACAAUGAUGAUAAACAUAAUAACAAUAGCAACAAUAACAACAACACGAACAACAAUGGCAAUAAUGAUUAUAAUAAUAACAGUAAAAAUAGUAAUAAUGAUACUAAAACAAGCAGAAUAAUGAAAAAUAACGCAAAGAACAGUAACAAUACUUGGUGACGGCGAAUCUACAACAUAUCCUGUACUUCCGAGAACAGUUGUUGUGAACAAAGUCUCGUAGUGUUCAUGAAGAGCCAGUUGCAGCUACAGUGUCCAGUCCCGCCUUAGGAUCCUCAGCUGGCGUUUGCAAGGAUGGUGGAGAAGGCGCCGAAGAGGAUUGUGGAAGAAAUGGAGGAAGAGGAGGAAGGGGAGGAGGAAAUAGUGGAAGGCUUAGAGGAGGUAAGGGAAAAUAGAAAGAAAGUUGGUGCAGUGAGUGAGACAGAACUCGGUGGAAAUGGAAGCGAACGCGAUAACGGACGGGUGGAAAUGUCGGAAUGUGGAAACGACGAGUGGCGUUCGAGCGAGGAAAGAUCCCACCAUCAGAAAGGACACGAUGAACAGGUUGGCAACGGAGACCCGACGAACGAAGAACAGAACACAUGCGCUGAGCCAGUAGCCACAACGGAACAGGGAACAGACGCAGACGGAGAACCAGAAGUCACAGCAAAUAGCACCGACGAAAAAUCAGCUGCCACAGAAAAACAAAAUACCCAUGGAGAACCAGUUACGCUAACAGAGAGCACAGUUGAAGAAACAAUUAUGUCUACAGAAAGCACAGUCAAAGAACCAGUUGCGUCAACAGAAAACACAGUUGAAGAACCAGUUACGUCUACAGAAACCAGAGUCAAAGAACCAAUUACGUCAACAGAAAGCACCGUCGAAGAACCAGUUACGUCCAUCGAAAACACAGUCGUAGAACCAGUUACGUUAACAGAAUGCAAAAUCGAAGAACCAGUUACGUCCACGGAAAACACAGUCGUAGAACCAGUUACGUUAACAGAAGGCAAAAUCGAAGAACCAGUUACGUCAACGGAAAGCACAGUCGAAGAGCCAGUUACGUCAACAGAAAGCACAGUCGAAGAACCAGUUACGUCCACCGAAAACACAGUCAUAAAAUCAGUUACGUCAACAGAAAACACAGUCGUAGAACCAGUUACGUUAACAGAAAGCAAAGUCGAAGAACCAGUUACGUUAACGGAAAGCACAGUCGAAGAGCCAGUUACGUCAACAGAAAGCAAAGUCGUAAAAUCAGUUACGUUAACGGAAAGCACAGUCGAAGAACCAGUUACGUCAACAGAAAGCACCGUUGUAAACUUAGUUACGUCAACAGAAAGCACAGUUGAAGAACCAGUUACGUCAACAGAAAGCACCGUCGUAAAAUCAGUUACGUCAACUGAAAGCACAGUCGAAGAACCAGUUACGUCAACAGAAAGCACAGUCGAAGAACCAUUUACGUCAACAGAAAGCACAGUCGAAGAACCAGUUACGUCAACAGAAAGCACCGUCGUAAAAUCAGUUACGUCAACUGAAAGCACAGUCGAAGAACCAGUUACGUCAACAGAAAGCACAGUCAAAAAAACAGUUACGUUAACAGAAAGCCCCGUCGUUGAAUCAGUUACGUCAAAAAAAUACACAGUCGAAGAGCCAGUUACGUCAACGGAAAACACAGUUGAAGAACAAAUUGGCCCAGAGAAAGAAAGCACCCACGAAGAACCCAUAGAAACGCCAGAACAACGCACAGGCUUGGAACCUGACGUUACAGCAGAACAAAGCGCACCCGAAGAACCAAUGGCCACAGUAACUCGAACCACAACAAAGGAACCCCGGAAUGAACACACGGCCGUCGCAGGAAACACUGACGUCGCCGAGAGGGAGGAAUCGUCACCAGAGGACGCAAGGAGGACACGAGGACAAACCGCACCGGAAGCAGAGGUCAAAGGCCAACGGAACGUAGAAAAGGAGACCCUCAACUCCCUUCCGCCGACGAAGGUUCCUCCACCGAAGCCUCCGAGACUCAAACCGAAGCUCCUCAAGACGUCUCGGAAGGAGGGCGCGGAGUCGAGUCCUGCGGAGCUUUCGGAACUUCGAGGACAAGCGCUUCGGGAAGUGGAACGGGGAGAAGAGAAGAGAAGAGAACGGGGAGAAAUUGAAAGGGAAGGGAAGAUUGGAGAUUGGAAUGGCGACGGAGAGGCGAAAACUGAGGACGUAAAUAGGAGAGACGAUCAGAGGAAAGGAAAUACGGAAGAACAGAAAGAAGAGGGGUGGGAGGAAAGCAAAGAGGAAAAAGAGCAGAAGAAAAAAGAAGACAAGGGGAAGAAGAAUCAGGAGGAAGAGAGAGAACAAAGAGAAAAGGGAAUGGAGGGCAGCAAUGAAAAGAAUGUAGAAAAGAACGAAGAGGAAACAAAAAAGAAACUGCAAACGGAAACGACAGAGGAAAUCAAAGAAUCGGAGAGAGAAGAUACAGAAGAGGAAGUCGAAGAAGCCGAAAGAACGGAAGCCACCCGUGGGACAGAGGACGGUGUCGACAGCGAGGAGGAGGACGCGCCGAGGGGAGGGGCGGCGCGCGAGGCCAGUGAGGGCGGUGGCGUGAUGCCUCCCAAGGCGCCGAGUCCUUCGCGGGGCUUCCUGGCUCCCCUGGCGAGGCUGCCGAGGCGUCGAGCUAAGAAGAAGGCCCUCGUCGUCCCCUUCGUCGGUGCCAGGGAGAGUACGCGAGAGGCCUUUUCGGCUGCCUACGAAGAGGAAGCUGUUCCGCAGUCUAAGGUUUGGAAGCCGAAGAAGCCUCCUCGGCCCAGUCUAUGCGAGGCCUCCCAGCGAGACUUGGAAAAGGACCAGGCCCCGUGUGACGAACACCAACUGCCGCUGAGCUUCUACUGCGCCACCUGCAGGGAGGUCAUCUGCCGGGGCUGCAUGGUCGGAACGCACCCGCAAGACCUCCACAGGAUCCUAGACACUGCCGACGCCUUCGCUAAGCUCCGCACCAGCGCCGUCACCCUCCUGCGCCACUACACACUCGUGCAGUCCUUCCACUCGUCCCUCUCCGCCGCCCUCGAGCUCUACAUCGCCAACAACCCAACUAUGACCCACACCGGUAUGGAGAUCGCCGACCGCCUGAAGAUCGAGAGCAGAGAUUACCUGCAGCAGGCGGUGAAGGAGGCGGAGAUCCUGGUGGAGAGCGAGGGAAACCUGCGCCGCCUCAGCACGAAGGUCCGGGAGUGGGAGGAACGACAGGAGGACUGGAGCGGCGUGGUGUUCCUGGCGCUGCGCUCUCAGCUCCUGGCCGGCUAUGCAUCGGCCAGUGAUAAAGUCUUUUUGAGAUUGGGGGACUGGGUGGUAGCUACCCCUUGGAUCUAUCUACGACAUCUUCUAGAACCUUAUCUUCCUGGAAACGAUACCGCUGAUUCUAAACAGACUUCAAAGAGUUCGCAAAGUGUUCGCAAACCGGCCAGCCCCAGAAGCCCGAGUCCCAGAGGGCAUGAAAAGACGUUCCCCCACAAUGCCCGCCAGAUGGUGAUGAACAAUCUCCUGCCUUAUGUAAUCUUCAACCCGGAGAUAAGGUACUUCCUCCAGAUCAGCGACCUGCGCGACACGGAGGUGACGCUGGUGGUGGAGCCCUCCGGCGAGCACAUCCGCGAGUACCUGACGCGGCGCCACCACGCGGCCACGCUUUCGCCCCGGACGCUGCGCAAGACCCGGGCCGGCCUCACCCUCGCCGACGACGCGCUCAACAUCGUCGAGAAGCAGUUCAUGAUGGGGGGGCGUCACAAGUCCCGGCUGGUGGGGUCGUACAUGGCCUUGGAGGGAGGACACGGCGCCGGGGGGAGGGAGACCGGGACCGGCGUGCACCGCAUUGUCAAGGUCAGCUUGCCUGACGUGAAGGUCGUGGACGGCGGGCGCGGCCUCCCUUCCGUCGGCUACAGGAAGAUAAAUCAAGGGGACAUCACGCUCGACUACGACGUCACGGGCAGACCUGUCUUGAGCGUAGCCUUGAGGGACAUCUUCGACGUCUCCGCCUUCCGCCUCGGCCACGUCACGCGGGGUCUCGACGGCCUCACCUACCUCAUCGAGGCCGAAGAGUACCGAAAAGCCGAAAUGUCGGGCCUCCGGGCGAAGAUCCUGGCGACGGUGCGGCGGGAGGAGGAGGCCGUCUACCAGGUCACCCUCGGCAUGGACAUCUGAGUGGCAACGGUCGGGAAAUACAAAGGCAACGAAGGAGAGGCGAAAAGGGACGAGGAAAGUCCGUCAAAUUAGAAGUGCUGAGUGGAACUGAGAGAGAAAGAGAGGAAAAAUAGAAGCAAAAUAAACGGAAUGCCUCUUUCUGAGAACGGGAGAUCUUUCUCAUCUAAAAAUGAUCGAAUCAGCCUUACCUUGCAUUAAUUGUAAACACGUAUCCUAGUGUCACCGAAAGUCAGUCAGUCUCCAAAUAAAUGAAUAUAUAAAACAUUAACUAAAUGUAUAGAUAAAACAAAUCAAAUGACAUAAUAUAUAUACUUUUACGCUCACUUAGAACAGUUCUUCCUGUAUAAUCAGUCAGCUGAUUAGCUGAUAUAAAAUAUUCGGAAAGGUAUUUUUUUACAUUCACACAAAGUAUAUACAUUAUAUAAUUACCUUUUUCCCAUAAAGCAUAAUCAUCUAUGUCAUAACAACCUCAUUCCAAAUGAUGUUAUCGUCUGUUAUGUUUAAGAAUGAAAACUAAUUUAGAUGUGAUUUGUAGUCUAUUUAUUAAAGGUUGCCAAAAAUUA